UCGUGGUGUUUGAGCUUCAAUUAUUUUAAAAUUAGGUCGUGGUGGUAUAUCAAUACCUGGUGGUGAUUCUCGAAAAUGGACACAUAGUCGUCCGAAACGUCGAAAAUAUUAAAUUUUCAAAAAUUUUCAAAAUUUCAACAUAAAAAUAUUUUUCUCCACUAUUUUAUUAUAUUAAAUGUAUUGUCAAUUAAUGCUCAUCUUCAAAAUAAAUAGUUUAAUCAUUUUCUCGUGGUGUUUGAGCUUCAAUUAUUUUAAAAUUAGGUCGUGGUGGUACAUCAAUAUCGAUACCUGGUGAUGAUUCUCGAAAAUGGACACAUAGUCGUCCGAAACGUCGAAAAUAUUAA